AGAGAGAGAGAGAGAGAAACAGAGAGAUAGAAAAAAAGAUCAAAGCUCUUCCUAUUUUCGCAGAUUCGCCGCACCAAAGCGCUCAAUCGCAUACGUUUACUUAUCAUACAUAUAUAUCGCCAUAUGGAACGUAUACGAAGGACCUUGUCAGUAUUUUCGAAAUAAAAGUUUAAGCUCGACCAAAGUCGAGCAACCGCCGCCUGUACAGUUAUUGUUAGCUAGCAAACCUGUACUCCUUGUGAUCCAUAGUCUAAUCGAUUACCUAUAACACGUUUUAGAGGCUACCAUGGGGAAUACCCGUGUGCAUAGGAAUCGUUCCACGUCACAUUUGACGUGAUGGUUAGUGUGAUUGAGAUCACGGAGAAUCUCUUCUUCGCCAUUUUUGGCCAAAAAGACUCCAGCCACUUUACGAUGUCAUUAGACCGCAAGCAGCAGCCGUGGUGGACGAUUAAUUUUUUCAAGGUGUCAUUUUCAUUAUACAUGCUCGUCAGCGUCAUAGUGUUGAUUAAUCUACUAAUUGCUAUGAUGAGCGACACGUAUCACAACAUUGUAUCACAGAGUGACAUCGAAUGGAAAUUCGGUCUCAGUAAAUUAGUUCGCUACAUGCAAAAAGCAAGGACAGCUCCAGCGCCGUUAAACCUCGUUACCACAUGGGCAGGACAUCUUAAGAACGUUUGUAUGAAGAAACGAAAUGCAAAGCAAAAAAUCGGCAGAUCGCAUGGAUACAUGGAACCUGAUAUGCAUCCAAGCGGUUUGCCAAAAUAUUCUACCAAUACUAGAAUGCUUCCACUACCGCGAGCAGCGAAGGAACGAAUCAACUUCUCAUUGCUUCAAUCAAGUCCGACUACCAGUCAAACUUCUUUAAAAAAUAUUCCGAAAAUACAAAACGUCAUCGAUUGGGAUAUAGUCCGAAGAAAGUAUCGUAUGCGAUUUGGGGAUGAAAUCGAGAAACCGUCUAGUGGAGAGGCGACGCUUGCUGAAAUGGCUUAAACAAUAAAGCUGACGCGCGCAAUAUACUCCAUUAUUACAUGCAAAUAUCCAUACGCGUAAUUUUUUUAUUAUUUUAUAUCGGCCUAUUUUAUAUCAUAAAGUACUUCUGAUAGAAAUAUCAUAUAAAUAAGCACUUUCUACAUUUGUACGUUUCCUUGCGAUAUCGCUAAUUGUAAUGAAAUACAUAUAAUACGUGUCAUAAGUG